UGGCUCCGACUAGGAAACGGGAUUCGACGGACACCUCUGCUUUUUGUAGUCGGUGUCUUUAGGAAAGGGCGCAGAAAAAUAUUUAAGGGGGGAUCUUCGCCGCGUCGCCGUUCUCCGUCUCGCCUUCGCGCUCUGCCCUCCACCUUCUCUGUAAUCUCGAGAAGUGAUCGCGUCGCCUCCGAUCUGAUCCAUCUCUGCUGAUCCAAGAUGUCUUCUCUUGCUGCAGCCAGAGCCGAUAAUUUUUACUAUCCGCCAGAAUGGUCACCGAAAAAGGGUUCAUUGAACAAGUUUCACGGACAACAUGCUUUGAGGGAGAGAGCAAGAAAGAUAGACCAGGGCAUCCUAAUAAUAAGAUUCGAGAUGCCUUUCAAUAUAUGGUGCGGUGGAUGCAAUUCCAUGAUUGCCAAGGGUGUCAGGUUUAAUGCUGAGAAAAAGCAAGUGGGCAAUUAUUACUCAACGAAGAUAUGGAGCUUCACUAUGAAGUCAGCAUGCUGUAAGCAUGAAAUCAUCAUACAGACGGAUCCUAAGAACUGCGAGUAUGUCAUCAUAAGUGGAGCUCAGCGGAAGACAGAAGAUUUUGACAUUGAAGAUGCAGAAACAUUUGCUCUUCCAGCAGAUGAAGAACGAGGAAAACUUGCCGAUCCUUUCUACCGACUUGAGCAUCAGGAAGAAGAUCUUCAGAAGAAGAAAGAAGCAGAACCAGUGCUAGUCCGCCUUCAGAGAGUUUCGGACAGUAGGCACUCCAAUGACUAUAGUCUUAAUAGAGCCCUCCGUGAUCGUCUUAGAAGCCAAAAGAAAAGGGUUGCUGAAGAAACAGAGGUUGCAAGAAAGAUGGGCCUUGGAGUAAGACUUCUUCCACCCUCUUCAGAAGAUGCAGCUGCCGCAGCUGCGGUUAGAUUCUCAUCAAAAUUUGAGAAAAACAGGAGGGAUAAACGGGCGGCAAUCAAGGCUGCUUCUAUAUUUGUGGAGCCAUCGAGCUCUGCAUCAGGUAGCAAACGAUUAGAGCUCGAGUUAAAGAGGAGAAAGAUAAAAGCAGCUACAGCAUCUGCUUUGUUGGCUGGGCGAGUUAAGCCAUCAUCAUGGCAAAUGGCUCAUAUCUCUGCAAGCGGACAGACUCAGAGAUCAGUCGCUGUAGUUCGCAAGUAAUCUUGUUACCUGUGGUUUCUGUAAGAGCUUGCAUGAUUGGGAAAAGGAUUGGGGUGUCAAAUUAUUGCUGAUUCUGUGGAAAUGAACAGGCUCUUUUCUUGUCCAGUUGUCCCAGUGAUAGUAUGAUCACAUUAAAUAUUUUCUGAUGCUUCUUUUCUGUUGUAAUAAUUCAUCAGUAUUGUGACCGACCUAAAUUUUUCCUUGUUUAUAGUCAAACUACACUCUCUGUUCUAUUUGUAUAAUAUUCCAGUAGUUACCAUUAUUUGAAAACUGGAGCCAGUAAUCCUUUGUUUUUUUUUAUUUGUGUGUGGGUAACAGGAGCCAUGUAACCUUGGUUUGUGUAAUGAAUGCGUGGGGUAGUAUUUGUGCAGAGUAUUAUGAUUUU